UUCUGACUCGAGUUAACUCAGACAAAACUCAGCUCGCUCUUCACCAAUCUGGGAUAUAUGCGGUCUUCCUGCCACGCUAGGACCCCCGCAACGAUAGGAACGAGAUAGCAGAGGAGGGCAGCUCAGAGGGGCAGGCACGUACACAGAGGCGCCCAACAUGCGUUCGCCUUCAAGAAGUGCGUCUGACGAAGAUCCCGGCGAGAUCGUCCCUCGUUGACAAUCCCCUCCGAAAUCAAGCGAAUCGGCGAAAUCUGGGAUCUGGAGCACCCGAGAAAAUAACUGAAAAUCGGAUCGGGCUUUUGUCCCCCAAGCCAUGGCCCAAUGGAAAGAAGGACGGACGUCGGACGAGACUUCUUUCAAUCUGCCCGGAUAUGUCGACGCCUAGAUGGCAUCAUAAGCGUAUUAUGCAUCAUGGCCUCAAGCUCAGCUGUGUAUGCUCGAGCUUCCCUGUUCCCGGUUAAGCGUCUCGAUCCCAUCUCCCUUGGCUGGCCCUCAUAAAACGCCGUGAGGACUAUAUAAGACAUCCACACUCGUCUUGUACUCGGUCAUCCUCCUCCCAUUUGCCUCUCCGGGCUCUAAUCGGUACACGUCGCGUCGCGUCACGCAUAUCAAUACCCAUACCAGCACCUCAUACCCUUUCGUCACACAUCUCAACACUCACCUUAGUGGCACCACAUCUUCAUCGUCGGCCCCACUCCUGACGUGACACACCAACACCACAUCACCCUUACCGACUCCACGCACGCAUCCUCGAACAAGCACCCCCACCAUGCCGCCCUUCUUCGAGAUCGCCGUCGCCCGCUUCGGCCAGUCACCCUCAAGCGUCUCAUGGGCCAUCGCCGUUGUCUUCACACCCGCUACCGGCCACGCCAUGCUCUACAAGCUCUCCUCCCCAUCCUCAUCCUCAUCAUCGCCCGCUUCCUCACCCAUGUCACCAACAAGUCCCGGCGGUUCCCUGGCACUGGACAUGCCCCAGUCCGUCACGCUCCGCGAAGGCGCGGACGAAUACUGGGGGCGCGUCACCGUCGGUCGCGUAGACGCGGACCGGAUGCCGCAGUUCAGCAAGGUGCUCAUGGAGCUCCCUGUGCCCUCGCCGUCGAGUAGCAGCAAUCCGGGCGAGCCGGUGUGCCGCCGGUGGGUCGCAGACGCGCUCGCGGCCCUGCGGGAGGACGGGCACUUUGUCGAGAAGCACGUGACGAAGCAGUGGCUGGUCGAGAAGAUGGGCAAGUGAGCGGACGGUGGCAGAUGUUUUUAUCUUGGAGGAAGGCGGGGUGCGCGGAUGUCACAUAGACAUGCAGGCUUGUUGCUCGUCCGCAUCGCUCCAUGUUUCGUGCGAGGCGUGUAUGGACGAUGCUGGUGCUUGUGAGCGCGUGCGUUCCGCGAUGGACGAUCCGAACCGAGGCUUUUCUCGGUGUAGUGUGUGGAGUGGCACUGGGCGCGGACGAGAGGGGGUUAGCAGGCACUGGUGCAUGACGAUUUGGACAUGACAGUUUGGAUAUACCGGCUUCUGCGAAAGUGGAUACAUACAAACAAUACCACUUACCACAAACCACCAAAACAUGACCUCUCUAGAUCUUCCCUCGUAUACGCAGAUAGGAGAACGCACAUUGGCUACGUAACUUAGAGCACACUCAUCCAGGCACUGUACUCCAUGCAUUACCAUUCUAUACCACGAACAAACCCCUGCGAAUCUUCUCUCGAUCUCAUACUUCACUGUGGACUUUUUUCUCUCGAGUUCAUCGUUACUUCAAUCUACAAUAUCUAUAGACUGUCAUUUCCGCUCAAAUAUCUCUCGCGGUCUCUUCGCUUUCGAGAGAGUAGCAAUACUACAUCUAUUCUCGCG